UCGUAGUCUAUUCUCGAGACGUCACAGUACCCAACCCUUUCUGUAAAUAAGAUAUUUUCUCAGAAAAUCUUUCGUCGGCUGCUUCUGUUUAAUCCAAUUGUAUCUUCAAAAUUCUCCAACCAUACAUGGAAAUAAAUCCCAUAUUCUAAAACACACGAUUCCACUCCGAUUCUCUUAAAACCCUUUCUGAAAAUCUAUUUUUUACACCUUUAUGAGCCCCAGAUUUCUGAUUCUAUCAGCUUAAAGUUUUCCCUCACUUUCCUUCGUUUUCUGAGGGAAAGGAAAUUCUCGCGGACCCAUGGCUGCUGCGCUCAGAUCCAGACCUUCCAAGGAAACGGCUUCAUUCUCGGUCACGCUGUUCCGCUGCUUCAUAUUCAACCACAUGCACGCCGGUCGCGUUGCUAGCUCUCACUGCACUCACCGUACCAAGUGGGAUGAUCUCUAUACGAACACCCCCUACCACUUCACUUCCUUUAAACCCGUGUCUUUAUGUGGCGAGUUCAUCGAAAAGGGUAUCCAAGUAUCCGAUGACAGUCGGAAAAUAACUCAGAGUUGUAAUCUUGAUAAGAAUUCGAGGGAGAAAUUGAGCACUAAGUGUUUUACCGUACUGAGCUCGGAUGGGGACACACGAGAGGUGUGGUCCGGGGACGGGAUGGUGAUACGAACGGGCAAUUCAAGCUCCCAUGCGGUUCGUGGGAGUGGCGGUGCGAGCCCCGGGUCCGGCGGUGGUAGUUUCGGGUCAAGUUCGAAAGAUGGGUGCUGGGGACGGUCCAAUAUGGGGAAUAGUUUUCCGACGCCGAAGGAGAUCCGUAUGGGGCUCGACAAGUUUGUAAUCGGGCAGGAGAGGGCCAAGAAGGUGCUUGCUGUGUCUGUUUACAAUCACUACCAGAGAAUACAUUAUGAGUCCCUUCAAAAGUGGCCAACAGAAGAGUCAAGUGAGAAGGAAGCAGAUAUAGUGGAUGAUGAUAGAGUGGAACUUGAGAAGAGUAACAUCCUUCUAAUGGGACCGACGGGCUCAGGGAAGACAUUACUUGCCAAAACUUUGGCCCGCCUUGUGAAUGUUCCUUUUGUUAUUGCAGAUGCAACUACACUAACUCAGGCAGGAUAUGUGGGGGAAGACGUAGAGUCUGUAUUACACAAACUCCUUGCGGUUGCUGACUAUAAUGUGGCAGCUGCCCAGCAGGGCAUUGUUUAUAUUGAUGAAGUUGACAAGAUUACCAAAAAGGCUGAGAGCCUUAAUAUUAGCAGAGAUGUGUCUGGGGAAGGCGUGCAGCAGGCAUUACUAAAGAUGCUGGAAGGAACGGUUGUCAACGUUCCUGAGAAGGGAGCUCGAAAACACCCUAGAGGUGAAAACAUACAGAUUGACACGAAGAACAUCCUUUUCAUUUGUGGAGGUGCCUUUAUUGAUUUGGAGAAAACAAUCUCAGAAAGGCACCAAGAUUCUUCUAUUGGGUUUGGUGCUCCAGUACGUGCCAACAUGAGAGCUGGUGGUGUUACAGAUGCUGCUGUUGCAUCAUCUUUAUUGGAGACUGUUGAAAGCAGCGACCUCAUUUCUUACGGUUUAAUACCUGAAUUUGUUGGACGAUUUCCCAUCCUUGCCAGUUUAUCAGCCCUAACUGAAAACCAACUUGUACAGGUCCUUACAGAGCCAAAUAAUGCCCUUGGGAAACAAUACAAAAAGAUCUUCCAGAUGAAUGGCGUAAGUUAUUCAUCUGAGGGCCCUCUUUCUUCAUUGCUCAUUUUGAGCUCUAUUCAUCCAUUUAACAAGUUCAUUUCUUGCAUAUUUUACUCUUUUCAGGUCAAGCUGCAUCUAACGGAGAAUGCCUUGAGAUUAAUUGCUAGAAAAGCAAUCUCUAAAAACACCGGAGCUCGAGGUUUACGGUCAAUAUUGGAGGAUAUAUUAAUGGAUGCCAUGUACGAGAUUCCCGAUAUUAGAACAGGUGAUGACAUAAUAGAUGCAGUAGUAGUUGAUGAAGAGGCUGUAGGAUCCGAGGGGCGGGGAUGUGGAGCAAAGAUCCUGUACAGCAGGGGUGCAUUGGAUCGAUAUCUUUCACAACAAAAAAUAAAGGAUUUAGAGGCUGCUGUGGAGGGGUCUGAUGGAGAACCAGAAGUGGAAAUAGAGACGACUCCUAUUGUUGUCAGCAUGUAAUCUUUGGUAAACUUUAUAUGUAUCCUUAUCUUUUGUACAUAAUAAGUUAUGAAUUAAUUUAACAUUUAUAUAAUAAACCAGCAAUUGUGCUCCGAAUGACAGACACACACUCUUCCAAUGGUGUGCAGUGCUUGAUUCAAUUGUCCAUCAAAUAGAAAUGCUGCUCUAUCUUAAAUUUUGUUAUUUCCAA